UCCCUGUAGGUCUUAAAAAUUGUCAGCAAAGCUGCACUGAGUAACAGACAUCCCAAGAGGGGCUGUUUUUCACCUCUAUAAUGAAGAAAAGCAGGAGUGUGAUGACAGUGACGGCUGAUGAUACUGUGAAAGAUUAUUUUGAGUGUAGCCUGAGUAAAUCCUACAGUUCUUCUAGUAACACGCUGGGGAUCGACCUCUGGAGAGGAAGGAGAUGUUGCUCAGGAAACUUGCAGUUACCACCACUGUCCCAAAGACAGAGCGGAAGGGCCAGGACUCCUGAGGGAGAUGGCAUUUCCAGACCCACCACGCUUCCUUUGAUGACGCUUCCAAGCAUUGCCAUCACAACUGUGAGCCAGGAGUGCUUUGAUGUGGAAAAUGGCCCUUCCCCAGGUCGGAGCCCACUGGACCCCCAGGCCGGCUCUUCCUCUGGGCUGGUGCUUCACGCCACCUUUCCCGGGCACAGCCAGCGCAGAGAGUCCUUUCUCUACAGAUCAGACAGCGACUAUGACUUGUCACCAAAGGCGAUGUCGAGAAACUCUUCACUUCCAAGCGAGCAACACGGCGAUGACUUGAUUGUAACGCCCUUCGCCCAGGUCCUCGCCAGCUUGCGAAGUGUGAGAAACAACUUCACCGUACUGACAAACCUUCAUGGAACAUCCAACAAGCUUGAGGCCCUUCAGUGGUUCACUCUUAUCAUUAAGAUCAAGUUCAAAUGCGGGUGCUUGGCCCCCAAGGCACCUCCUGUUCCAACUCGAAUAAUGAAGGAGCACGGGGCCACCUUCAGUAGCUCCGGGAUCAGCGGCGGCAGCGGUGACUCGGCUAUGGACAGCCUGCAGCCACUCCAGCCUAACUACAUGUCUGUGUGUUUGUUUGCAGAAGAAUCUUAUCAAAAAUUAGCGAUGGAAACGCUGGAGGAACUGGACUGGUGCUUAGACCAGCUAGAGACCAUACAGACCUACCGCUCUGUCAGCGAGAUGGCUUCUAACAAGUUCAAAAGAAUGCUGAACCGGGAGCUGACACAUCUCUCAGAAAUGAGCCGUUCAGGGAACCAGGUGUCUGAAUACAUCUCAAAUACUUUCUUAGACAAGCAGAAUGACGUGGAGAUUCCAUCUCCCACCCAGAAAGACCGGGAGAAAAAGAAAAAGCAACAGCUCAUGACACAGAUAAGUGGAGUGAAAAAACUGAUGCAUAGUUCGAGCUUAAAUAACACAAGCAUCUCCCGCUUCGGAGUCAACACGGAAAAUGAAGAUCACCUGGCCAAGGAGCUGGAAGACCUGAACAAAUGGGGCCUUAACAUCUUCAACGUGGCUGGCUACUCACACAACAGGCCCCUCACGUGCAUCAUGUACGCCAUAUUCCAGGAAAGAGACCUCCUAAAGACAUUUAAAAUCUCAUCCGACACAUUCGUCACCUACAUGAUGACUCUGGAGGACCAUUACCAUCCUGACGUGGCGUAUCAUAACAGCCUGCAUGCUGCUGACGUCGCCCAGUCAACCCACGUUCUCCUUUCCACGCCAGCGUUAGAUGCCGUCUUCACAGAUUUGGAAAUCCUGGCCGCCAUCUUCGCAGCUGCUAUCCAUGACGUCGACCAUCCCGGAGUCUCCAAUCAGUUUCUCAUCAACACAAAUUCGGAACUUGCUUUGAUGUAUAAUGAUGAAUCUGUGUUGGAAAACCAUCACCUUGCCGUGGGUUUCAAACUCCUACAAGAAGAACACUGUGACAUCUUCCAGAACCUCAGCAAGAAGCAGCGUCAGACGCUCAGGAAGAUGGUGAUUGACAUGGUGUUAGCAACUGAUAUGUCCAAACACAUGAGCUUGCUGGCAGACCUGAAGACAAUGGUAGAAACAAAGAAAGUUACAAGUUCUGGUGUCCUUCUCCUAGACAACUAUACUGACCGUAUACAGGUCCUUCGCAACAUGGUACACUGUGCCGACCUGAGCAACCCCACCAAGUCCUUGGAACUGUAUCGGCAAUGGACGGAUCGCAUCAUGGAGGAAUUUUUCCAGCAGGGAGACAAAGAGCGAGAGAGGGGAAUGGAGAUCAGCCCCAUGUGUGAUAAGCACACAGCUUCUGUGGAAAAAUCCCAGGUGGGUUUCAUCGACUACAUUGUCCACCCUCUGUGGGAGACCUGGGCGGAUCUGGUACAGCCCGAUGCCCAGGACAUCCUGGAUACAUUAGAAGACAAUAGGAACUGGUACCAGAGCAUGAUACCCCAGAGUCCCUCCCCACCACUGGAGGAGCAGAACAGAGACUGCCAGGGUCUGAUGGAGAAGUUUCAGUUUGAACUGACCCUCGAAGAGGAGGAUUCUGAAGGGCCCGAAAAAGAAGGAGAGGGCCACAGCUAUUUCGGCAGCACAAAGACACUUUGUGUGAUCGAUCCAGAAGAUCGAGAUUCGCUGGGAGAGACUGAUGUGGACAUUGCAACAGAGGACAAGUCUCCGAUCGACACAUAAUCUCCCUCUUCGUGUGGAGAUAAACAUUCCACCCUUGACGAGCAUGCCAGCUGAAUGGUAGGGCCAGCCCGCCACGGGGGCUGAGGCCUGCACGGGACAAGGGCCAUGUGGCCUUUCCAGUUACUUGAGUUUGGAGCCAGAAUGCAAGACCGCGAGGCAGAUAGCGGCUCAGGAAAUUCCAUGGUUGACUUGCCUCGCUUGCAGGCUUAAUGGAGAGCUGCAGCUUCACGCGGUACUGGAGGCCUGGUUCGCAUCCCGACUAAACGGCUUGAACGCGGAAGACACAAAACUGAGAGAUUUUUCUGCACUAAGUUUCGGGAAUCUUUCCCCUCUAGUGACCGAACUGACUGACUAAUGACGUUAUUUAUAAAUCUGCUCACCUGUCCCCUUGUCUGCCAACCUGUGUGCCUUUUUUGUAAAAACAUUUUCACGUCUUUAAAAAUGCCUGUUGAAUACCUAGAGUUUAGUAUCAACUUCUACACAGAUAAGCAUUCAAAGUUGACAUAAACUUUUUUGAUUCUUUCUGGGGGGGAUAAAAAGGGAAAGAAAACGGUCUUCCUUCUUUCUUGGGCAAUAUCUUUCACUUGACUGUGGCUCCUUUUGCAAAUAGAAAGGCUAUGCUUCUAGCCACAUUCAACUUCCUCCCCCUCUUGUCCCUUCCAGCUUCUCAGUUACCCUUAGAACAUAUCUGUUUGCCUGCUUUGAACAGUCUUUUUCCUCCUCUGAAGUUUUGCUUUUUCGCUGUCUACAGAAUAAAGUUGAACAAACGAAGGGGUAGGAAGGGUAGUCAUGUUCACAUAACAGUCUGUGUAGAAUUCAGCUUAAUACGGCAGUUGCCCUUUUGGGUCCUGCACCCCGUGCUGCUGGGGUUGCACCAUCCCUACCCUGUUCUUUCGCCCCGCCUCCCUGCUCACCUCCACUUACCACAGUUUCCAAUCUAGUGCCGCCAUCUUUCUCUUGCACUGCCUUCUGCGCUAACACCUCCGUUUCUGUUUAUAACCGCGUAUUUAUUACUUAAUGUAUAUAAUGUAAUGUUUUGUAAGUUAUUAAUUUAUAUAUCUAACAUUGCCUGCCAAUGGUGGUGUUAAAUUUGUGUAGAAGACUCUGCCUAAGAGUUGCAACUUUUCUUGUACCGUUUUGUAUUGUGUAUUGUAUAACCUGAAUGUUGCUUAAUAGAGACAUACGGCCCCCUCGCCAGUGAGGACACCAGUGGGUCUGCCCUCUGCCCCUGUCUGAGUUGCUAAUACUGCUCAAUGCCUUCGUGAAUCGGUUUUGGAAACAGGAUUCUCCCAUUAGAUACUAAGUGGUUUAUAUUGAGCUUUUACUUUUGUAGAGUUUGAUAGGGGUAGGGGACGACGAGGUGUGGUUUUUGCCCCGUUCUAUCCAAAUCUGUACAUGAGUUGGGUUUUAACUGGGUUCUACUAUUAUCGUGGCUUCAGUUGAACAAAAAACACUACAUUGCGUUUAACGAGCAACUCACAGAUAGUUCUAGAAGUCCCCAAACUCCUGACUUGGAAGAGAGAGCCUCCUGCCUGCUGUUCAGCAGAAAUACCAUGUUCCAAUGAUGCAAAAGAAAACAAUAAACAAUGUGAAUCCUAUAAUAAAAUGUGAACUGAUGUAGUAAAUUAUGCCAAUGUGAAGCUUCUGAUAACACUUGUUAGGCCUCUGACUGGCUUCGGUCUCUGUCUGUAAAAUAUAUUUCCUGCUUCCAGAUCAGCAUUGUGACUCAGUAGAUAAAGAAAUGGCACAAACGUGCAUGACCAAUGGGUUUGUAUGUCUAUAAACACUGCAUUAUUUCAGGUGGACAUUUUACUGUUUUCCGAAGUUUCUCACAAUGUAUGUUAUAGUAUUAUUAUUAUAUAUUGUGCUCAGAUGCAUUCUUCAGAGACUUUUAUAUGAGGUGAAUAAACAAAAGCAUGAUUAGA